AUGCCUGCCGCAGCCGAUAUCCUCAACGACCCUGAUAUCGCGCAGGCGUACGAAGAUGUGCGCUCGGAUAAAUCGGACACGACGUGGCUUAUCUUGAAGUAUGCAUCGGCAACAUCAGAUAACCUCAAGCUGGCAGGCACAGGCACAGGCGAAAUCGCUGAGAUGACGGAGAGCCUUGGCGAUGACGAGGCAGCAUAUGCCUACGUGAGGAUGAAGCUUGGAAACGACGAGUACAGUGAACGUGUCAAGUUUGCUUUUGUCGUUUGGCAAGGCCCCCAAACAAAGGUUAUGCGCAAGGCCAAGAUGAGCUUCCAGAGCGGACAGGUCAAGCAGGUCAUCAGGACGUAUGCCGUCGAAAUCCAGACGGGAGACAAGAAGGAUUUGGACGCCGAGGCGGUGACGCUCAAGCUGAGAAAGGCAAUGGGCGCCAACUAUGAUCGGCAAACAACAAACUACUAA